UAUAAUUCCAAAGUCUCCACAGUUACCCUCAAAACCCAAGGUCCAAGGAUCUGGUUCCUCUCUCUCUCUCUCUAACCGCAGUCCAUACGCACGAUGAGUCCACCACUCUCCUCUCUCCUCCAGCGAUGUUGUUUCAAAAGCCCACGCCCUGAAUCUCCCUAAAACAUCUCUCCAAACCCCUUAACUUAUAUCCAAUUGAUCCCCUUCAUCUGUACAUAACCUGUAUCCUUAUCCGCUCCGUCAAGGCACAGGCUUUUUAAUUCCUAUAUCCAUGGCGAGUCAAAAACCCCAAAGGUCUCCGGCCGAAAUCGAGGACAUCAUCCUCAAAAGGAUCUUCCUUGUAACCCUAAUUGACUCGAUGGAGAGCGACUCGAGAAUAGUCUACCUGGAGAUGACGGCGGCCGAAAUCCUCAGCGAGGGCAGGGAGCUGAGGCUCUCACGCGAUCUCAUGGAAAGGGUUUUGAUCGAUCGGCUUUCUGGUAAUUUCGCGUCCGCCGAGCCUCCGUUUAAUUACCUAGUCGGUUGUUAUCGACGCGCUUGCGAUGAAGGGAAAAAAAUUGCUAAUAUGAAAGAUAAGGCGGUUAGGUCUGAGAUGGAGUCGGUUAUUAGACAAGCUAAGAAACUGGCUGUUAAUUAUUGUAGGAUACAUUUAGGGAAUAAUGAUAUGUUUCCCAAUUGGGCUGUAACUAACUCGAACGUGUCGCCGUUGUUGCCAUUGAUUUUCGCUGAGGUUUCGAGCUCGGUUGACAGGUUCGGAGGGGGGAGUAGUAGUGGUAGUGGUGGUGGUGGGGUUAGUUGUCCGCCGGGGUUUUUGGAGGAGUUUUUUAAGGAUUCGGAUUUUGAUAGUUUGGACUCAAUUUUGAAGCAGUUGUUUGAGGACUUGAGAGGGAAUGUGCUCAAGGUGUCUGCUCUAGGGAAUUUCCAGCACCCUCUCAGGGCUUUGUUGCUUUUGGUUAGUUUUCCAGUCGGUGCAAAGUGUUUGGUGAACCAUCUUUGGUGGAUACCAAAGGGUGCGUAUUUGAACGGGCGCGUGAUUGAGAUGACGAGCAUUUUGGGGCCCUUUUUUCAUGUCAGUGCUCUUCCCGAUCAUGCCAUGUUCAAAAGUCAGCCUGAUGUGGGCCAGCAGUGCUUCUCAGAAGCAUCAACCCGUCGUCCGGCAGAUUUGUUAUCUUCGUUCACUACAAUCAAAACUGUCAUGAAUAACCUGUAUGAUGGCUUGUCAGAAGUUCUUCUCUGUCUUCUUAAAAAUGCUGAAACUCGUGAAAAUGUUCUUGAGUAUCUUGGAGAGGUGAUAAAUAAAAAUUCAUCAAGGGCCCAUAUGCAGGUUGAUCCAAUAGCUUGUGCAAGUUCUGGCAUGUUUGUCAGUCUAAGUGCUGUUAUGCUUCGGCUAUGUGAGCCAUUUCUAGAUGCAAAUUUUACAAAGAGGGACAAAAUUGAUCCUGGAUAUGUAUUUUACAGUACGCGGUUGGAUUUAAGAGGACUGACUGCUUUACAUGCAUCAUCGGAAGAAGUUGCUGAAUGGUUAGGCCAAGAAAAUGCUGGGAAAGCUGAUGUCUCUAAACAACACGAUGCAGAAAAUAGGUUGUUACAGUCUCAAGAAGCUACCAGUUCUGGAAGUAACGUUGGUGGGCCUGUCCUCCACAAUAAGCCAUUCUCCAGCAGUUGUGGAAAAACUAAAUACACAUUUAUUUGUGAAUGUUUCUUUAUGACUGCAAGGGCGCUAAACUUGGGUCUCUUGAAAGCAUUUUCCGACUUUAAGCAUCUUGUUCAGGAUAUCUCAAGAUGCGAAGAUACUCUCUCCUCUUUUAAAUCCAUGCAAGGGCAAGCACCUUCCCAGCAGCUGGAGCUGGAUAUAGCUCGCCUUGAGAAAGAAAUUGAGUUAUAUUCGCAGGAAAAGCUAUGUUAUGAAGCUCAGAUACUUAGGGAUGGGGAACUUCUUCAGCGUGCAUUGUCUUUCUACCGGUUGUUGGUGGUUUGGUUGGUCGGUCUGGUUGGUGGUUUCAAAAUGCCUCUACCUUCGACUUGCCCAAUGGAAUUUGCAUGCAUGCCGGAGCACUUAGUGGAAGAUGCCAUGGAAUUGCUUAUUUUUGCUUCUAGGAUUCCUAAAGCUUUAGAUGGUGUCGUACUGGAUGACUUUAUGAACUUUAUUAUCAUGUUCAUGGGAAGUCCAGAUUUCAUCAGAAAUCCAUAUUUAAGAGCAAAAAUGGUUGAAGUACUGAAUUGUUGGAUGCCUCGUAGAAGUGGCUCAUCUGUCACGGCUUCACUAUUUGAAGGGCACCAACUGUCUCUAGAGUAUCUUGUGAGGAAUCUUCUGAAGCUUUAUGUUGACAUCGAGUUCACAGGUUCACACACGCAGUUCUAUGACAAGUUCAACAUCCGCCACAAUAUUGCGGAACUUCUCGAAUACUUAUGGCAGGUUCCUAGUCACCGCAAUGCAUGGAGACAGAUUGCUAGAGAAGAAGAGAAGGGCGUGUACUUGAACUUCUUAAACUUCCUAAUCAACGAUAGCAUCUAUCUUCUCGACGAAAGUCUAAACAAAAUUCUUGAAAUGAAAGAAUUGGAAGCGGAGAUGUCUAACACAACAGAAUGGGAGCGAAGACCGGCCCAAGAGAGGCAGGAGAGAACCCGAUUGUUCCACUCCCAGGAAAAUAUCAUUCGCAUUGAUAUGAAGUUGGCAAAUGAAGAUGUGACCAUGCUAGCAUUUACUUCAGAGCAGAUUACAGCUCCUUUCCUACUACCCGAGAUGGUUGAAAGAGUGGCCAGCAUGCUCAAUUACUUCUUGCUUCAACUUGUGGGCCCCCAAAGGAAAUCUCUUAGUUUGAAAGAUCCUGAAAAGUAUGAAUUCCGUCCAAAGCUGUUGCUUAAGCAGAUUGUCAACAUUUAUGUUCAUCUGGCAAGGGGGGACAAAGAAAAUAUUUUCCCAGCUGCCAUCACCAAGGAUGGUCGAUCAUACAAUGAGCAGUUGUUCAGUGCUGCAGCAGACGUCCUCCAAAGAAUAGGUGAAGAUCCAAGGAUUAUACACGAGUUUAUUGAGCUUGGUGCGAGAGCCAAAGUUGCAGCUUCUGAGGCAUUGGAUGCUGAAGCUACUCUUGGAGAGAUACCUGAUGAGUUCCUGGACCCUAUUCAGUACACCUUAAUGAAGGAUCCAGUGAUUUUACCAUCUUCCAGAAUAACAGUUGAUCGCCCUGUUAUUCAGCGGCAUCUUCUUAGCGAUAGUACGGACCCUUUCAACCGUUCUCAUCUAACCUCGGAGAUGCUGAUUCCUGACACUGAGCUUAAGGUGAAGAUUGAAGAGUUCAUUAGGUCACAAGGAUUAAAGAAGCACACUGUAAGUUCAGAAAUGAAUUAGUUUAAAGAGCAGUUGUCACAUUUCCCAAUUUGCAGAUUCAUUUCAGUUUGUAUUUGGUGAUCGCGGGGAAACAGAACAAACAAAAAGAGAAUUAGGGUUCGUAUAUUUUGUAAUUCCUCCUGUACUGAAAUGGAUUUUAUGCGAAAUAGCCCUGUUUUUUUAUUUAUUUAUUUGUACAUUAAUGGUUUAUGGAAUUCAAACAUAUUGGAAUAUUAAUGUUUCUGAAGAGUGAAAAGAGGAACAUUGCUUGUUUUGA